AUGAGGAGAUCAAUUGCGAUUUCGAUGACGGGCAAGAGAUAUAUUCAUCGGCUUACUCUGGCGAGAGGUAAUCCUGGAAGCGCUCCUGCUCUUUGUUGGAGACGAUCUUUUUCUGAUUACAGAGAGAAACUGAGUAGAAGAAAUGGGAAAUUACAGGAUUUGAAGUUAGACGAUGCGAUUGGUUUGUUCGGUGAUAUGGUUCAGUGUCGUCCUUUGCCUUCAAUUAUUGAUUUCAGUAAAUUGUUGAGUACCAUUGCCAAAAUGAAGAAGUUUGAUGUUGUCAUCUCCUUGGGCGAGCAGAUGCACAAGUUGGGGAUUUCUCAUAAUCACUAUACUUACAGCAUUUUGAUUAACUGUUUUUGUCGACGCUCUCAAGUCUCUCUUGCUUUAGCUAUUUUGGGGAAGAUGAUGAAACUCGGCUAUGAGCCUAGCAUUCCCGAUGUUGUCACGCUUUCUUCGCUUCUCAAUGGAUACUGCUGCCACGGUAUGAGGAUUUCAGAGGCAGUUGCUUUGGUUGAUCAGAUGGUGGAAAUGGGAUAUCAACCUAAUACGGUGACAUUUACAACUCUGAUUCAUGGCCUUUUUCUCCACAACAAAGCUUUCGAAGCUGUGGCUUUAGUUGACCGGAUGGCUGAGAAAGGUUGUCAACCAAAUCUGGUUACUUAUGGUGUGGUGGUAAAUGGAAUAUGUAAGAGAGGUUAUAUCGAUUUGGGUUUACAUCUGCUCAAGAAGAUGGAACAAGGAAAAUUAGAGGCUGAUGUUGUUAUUUACAGCACAAUCAUUGAUGGUCUCUGCAAAUUCAAACAUGUGGAUGAUGCUUUCAACCUGUUCAACGAAAUGGAAAGCAAAGGAAUUAGACCUAAUGUUUUUACCUACAGCUCCCUCAUAAGUUGCCUUUGUAAUUACGGAAGAUGGACGAAUGCCUCUCAACUACUUAGAGAUAUGAUUGCGAGGAAAAUCAACCCAAAUGUAGUCACUUUCAGCGCAUUGAUCGAUGCGUUUGUGAAAGAAGGGAAGCUUCUAGAAGCUGAGAAAUUGUAUGCGGAGAUGAUUCAAAGGUCUAUCGAUCCUAAUAUUGUCACGUUCAAUUCAUUAAUCAAUGGGUUUUGCAUGCACGAUCGUCUAAACGAGGCCAAGCAUAUGUUUUCUUUGAUGGUUAGCAAGGAUUGUCUCCCAGACAUAGUGACAUAUAAUACUCUUAUAAAAGGAUUUUGUAAGUCUAAGAAAGUAGAAGAAGGUAUGGAAGUCUUCCGCCAGAUGUCUCAAAGAGGAUUGGUUGGAGACACAUUCACUUACAAUACCCUUAUCCAAGGAUUUUUCCAAGCUGAUGAUUGUGAGCAUGCCCAAAUGGUAUUCAAAAAGAUGGAAUUUGAUGGUGUGCCUCCCAGUAUCGUGACUUACAACGUUUUGUUAGAUGGACUUUGUAAAAACGGGAAGCUAGAGAAGGCCUUGGUGAUCUUCGAGUAUAUGCAAAAGAGUGAACUGGAACUUAGUAUUGUCACAUAUAAUAUUAUGAUUGAAGGGAUGUGCAAGGUUGGGAAGGUGGAAGAUGGGUGGGAUCUAUUUUGUACCCUCAACCUUAAAGGAGUGAAGCCUAACGUUGUAACCUACAAUACAAUGAUCUCAGGAUUUUGUAGUAAACGCCUAUUACAGGAAGCAGAUGCCUUGUUUAGAGAAAUGAAAGUAGAUGGUUAUCCCCCAAGUAGUGGUACCUAUAAUACGCUGAUCAGGGCACAUCUAAGAGAUGGUGACAAAGCAGCAUCAGCAGAACUCAUCAACGAAAUGAGGAGUUGCGGGUUUGUUGGAGAUGCUUCGACCUUUGGCUUGGUGACUAAUAUGUUACAUGAUGGAAGAUUGGACAAAAGCUUCCUCGAUGUGCUCUCUUAA